UGGAUUCAAGUUGCAACCCCCAAAUCAUCAAUUACCACCUGCAACUUGCAAACCCCCAAAAUCCAUUCUUCUCCUCAAAUAAAGUCUUCGACAUCAUGUCAGUUACUCCAAACAGUACAGCUUUCAUGGCGCAAGCAAUGCACGCUGAUAAUCCGCACCGUGAGACAUUUCAUAGAUUCUUCGAGUGUUGGAUCAGCGAGCAGAAUACAUACCUUGAAGAGCUUGUAUCUGCCGCCGACAACCACAAUCGGGACGAGAACGACGACGCCGUGCUGUGUCCGUUGAUCGAGAGGGUUGUUCGGCAUUACGAGCAGUACUACCAGGCCAAGUCCAAUUGGGAAAAGCGAGACGCGAUUUCGAUGUUCUCACCGGCGUGGCGGAGCAAGCUGGAGGAUGCGUUUUUAUGGAUCGGCGGAUGGCGACCGACGUUGGCCAUCCACCUGCUCUACUCCAAAUCAGGAAUCCAGAUGGAGGCCAAAAUCGGCGAUUUAAUCCGUGGAUUGACGACCGGGGAUCUAGGAGACUUGGAGCCGAAUCAGAUCAAUCGAAUCGACGAGUUACAGAAGAAAACCAUCUAUGAAGAACGAAUGUUAAGCGAAAAAUUUGCGAAACAACAGGAAUCGGUGGCGGACAGGUCCAUGGUGGAGCUUUCGAACGCGGUGUCGGAAAUGAUCAGAAAUGAAGACGGCAGCGAUGAGGGUGAGAAUGAGGAGAAAGUGGAAUCGACGUUGGAUUCAAAAAAGGACGGAUUUGAGGAGUUGUUACACAUGGCGGAUGAUCUGAGAUUGGAGACCUUGAAGGCUGUAAUCGAGAUAUUAAGACCGAUACAGGCGGUGCAUUACCUCAUCGCGGCGGCGGAGCUGCAUCUCCGGCUACACGACUGGGGAAAGGAAAGGGAAGCCCACGUGGCAGAAAAUGUUACUGGGGCCCCUAGCGGGUUGGACGUUUCAUGACGUCAUUAUUUUGACUUUUCUUAUUCCCUAGUAUUUAUUAUCAUCAUUUUUUCUUUUGUUUUUCAUAGAAAUGAUUUUGUAGAGCUGUUUAUGUAGUAUCAUUUUUUUUAAUUAACAUACUUUAAAGCAAAGACAGUUUUAGGAUUUGAAAACCCUUCUAUGCAUUUGUGAUUUCAAUCUACAAAUACAGUACCUAACUUUGCG